AUGUUGUCUUUAGAAAAGUUGGAACAUGAAGGAGGAGAAGAAGAAAGCAGCGGCGAGACACCGGAUUUGGACGCUUUUCUGGACUUGCUCUAUGAGAAGAGGUCGUCAUCCCUGGAACGUGGACUUGCUUACCUGGUAAAGCCAUUUGCAAACAGGGUAGAGCUUGAUUUUCUUACACACAAAGGUGAGACAAUUCUUGAUAAAUGCCUUUCUAUUAUGAAGAAAGGUUUGCUUGCUCUAAGCAUUGGUGAGAGCACACUGGUUAACAUGGCUUUCAAUGCAUCAAGAACUCAAUUAUGUCACCUUGCUAACCACAAGGCUGUUGAUGAAAUCCGCAUCUCGGCACUGAAAUCUCUGGUUCUUUUGACAUUCAAUGUUGGAAGUGAUAAAGAUACUUCUGAUGUCCUAAAUUUCCUCUGGAAAAUUGGUACAUACAAUGAGGAAGAUCACCUAGAUGAGGUAUCUGAGGUUGUGAAUCCAACUCCUAAAGUAAGAGCAUUUGCAUUUACUUGUUGGGCAUUUCUUUUAACUACAGUAACCCAAGACUGGUUCGAUCUCAAUAGUUUGGACGAAAUCUUUAUGACUUGGAGUGAGCUUCUGAAAAAGGACGAUCAAUUCAUUCGCAUUGCUAUUGGAGAAGGGAUUGCUGUUGUGUUUGAGAAAGUGAGCUCAAAUGAUACUGAUUCGACUAGUGAAGAAUCAUGUUUCAACAUUGUGAGUGGGAAUUUUGUAUCACAAAGUUCUUGUGAUGACAUUAUUUCUCAGAUGACAAAUUUGGCUUAUGAAACUAGUGGUAGAAGUACUUUGCGUACCUCCAAGAAAGACCUUAAUAGCCAGAGAAGCUUCUUCAAAGAAGUAUUGGAGUUUAUAAAUGAUGGAUGUACACCAUUGAUGUCAUUAAAGCUGUCUAAAACAGAUGAUCUCAAGUUCUCAUCAUGGGAAAAGAUAGCUCAGGUCAAUAUGUUCAGGAAUUGCCUAGGAGGUGGAUUUCAAUCUCAUAAGCUGAGUAAUCAAUUUAUCCAAACUGUUCUCAAUUUCACCCCAAAAUUUUCCAAGGAAGAGUUAACUCCUCAACAAAAAAGACACUACCAAUCACCAAAUUCGGUGACAAAUAAAAAUAGGACAAAGGAAAUGAACAAGAGGAGAUCAAAUGUUCAGGCAGCAAAACAUCAGCACUACAAUCAGCAUAUCGACGAGUAG